AUGGAGAGUCCUUCUGGGAUCGAAUAUAAUAUCGAUGUUGAUGAUAUUCUUGAUGAUUUGGAGAACGCAUCACGUAUUCCUGCUAAGCAACGGUCGGUGAAGGUUUCAAGCCACGUGGAUGGACUAUGCUCGAGAGCGUAUGAAGAAGGGUUAUCUAAUGCGUCGCUGGAAAAGCUUAUUGAUAUCCUCACUCUGCCCAACGAGCUCGAUCAAGGGAGUAUUGGGAACUUGAUCAAGCAUCUUUAUCCAGCGAACAAAGUUCCAGAUGCAGUUGUCAUCAAAGUAGUGGGAGCUCUGGGUCAUGGAAAAGCCAAACCCUCUUAUGCAGCUCAGGCCGCAUUGUUGAAAUGGAUAGUCCUGGUCUAUGAUGUUUUGGAAAAUCCAAAGAUUUUGUCGCAACUUUAUGCUGUACUGUUCAAUUUGCUUGAUACUAUUGCCCUCAGGUCACAGCUGUGUCACGUGCUGUCCCUCACCACUCGCCGAAAACACGUUCGACCAUUUAGGAUACAGGCAUUAAUGCAAUGGGCAAGAAAAGCGGGUCACGAUCCAGCUCUGGUAGGACUUAUGAGGGUAUACAAAGAUUACUAUCCCGAGGUCAUCGUAGGUGAUGUGACUUCUGGGAGGGCUUCAGUGUUUAUGCAUCCAAAUCGUGAGUGGCGGGAAAGGCUCGGCAGGAUCCAAGAAGAUCAUCUUCAGAGGAUAGAGGACAAGCUUGUUUCUACUCAUCAAAAUUUCCGUAUAUCCCGAAAGACCACCAAAGAGAGAAAGCACGGGUUUCUACCUAAAGUACAUACGUCGUAUGCGCAAGAUACUUCAAUCACACUAGAGGAAGUAGGAGAUGUGAAUGAGUUUGUUCAAAAGCUUGAGAAGAUCGAGCUCCCAAACCAAUUAGUGGCUAGUAUUCAUGACCCUUUGCUUCAGAAGUUGCUGCAUCUCAGGUCUUCGGAGACUACGCUGCAACGUAUAGAUUAUUGGCUUCUGGCUUUCUUCGAAGAUCACUUAGAGAAUGGUCAGUCCUCCAAGACGCAGAUAGCAGAUAUGCUCGAACUUAUACUGCAAUACACUAGAUACACCAAGAUACUGCCUUCGGCAUGCUUCUCGUAUUUGGAAUCCCUGCUACCUUGUUGGAACGGUAUCACAAACCGUGAUGUGAUCUUAGGGUUGUUAAGCUAUACUCCCAUUGGUUCCUUUGAUGACCUCUACGAGAAUGUAUUUUCCCUAGUUGAAGAUGCACUCAUAGAUGGUACUCAUGAGUCGCAGCUUGCUCUCCUCAAAUUCUACAAAGCUUUGCUCAGCCAGUGGAAUCUCAGCAUACUCUCAGAGACUUCACCCUCAACAAACUAUGGCACAGACCUAGCCGCCCUGGUAAAUCACGCCAAUCAGCUGGCCCUUGCAAUACUGCAACAGUCUUCAAGUGUUUCCACUUACUCAAAUGUUCUUGACUUUUACGAAGCGAAUGCAUUCCUAAUAUCACACCCAGCUAUAACAUCUAAAGUCCGGAUAGCUAUUCCCACGCCUCAACUUGUUUACACACUCUUCUUCAGCUCCAACUUAUCGAUCAUCUCCCGCAUUUGCAACAUCUUGGCUCUCUACAAGAAAUCUCUCGAGAUGGCCAUGGCCUCACGCACGGGUUCGACUGUACUUGGAAAUCAGUCAUAUCCCAAGGAAUAUGUCAAUCGCUUCAAUGGUUUUCUAAUGGAUAUCUGCAAUUGUUUGUGGAGAUCACGGGCUUUCCUCACAGCAGAUGUGAAUGCACUUGGCUGUUUACUCCCAGAGCAAACGAUGGGAGUUUUGGCUGUUUACAUUGGCAAGCUAGAAAAAUCGCUUUCACUCAACUCCCUAUUCAGUCUCUCGUACUCGCCAGCAACAUGUCAUCUUGCCAUUGCAUAUGUGAGGGAAUUAGAGGACCAAGCCGAAGAUAAAAUUGACGUAAGACACGCUGGGCCAGUGACACAGGUUUCUUUGAAGAAGCUUCAAGAUGAUGGUGGGUUGUCUGUAUCGUGGCAAGACUAUAGAUUGGGUGUCUUGAGAUAUCUGGAGCGCAAAGGUUUCCCUGGGGCUGGAGAAUUGAUGUACAACACUAUGAAGCAUCUCAUGGCUGCCAGGCAAAAUUCCGCGUAG